GAUUUUCCCGGCCUGACCGAGUUUUCCUCGAACACAAAUCCGAAACGAGCUUUGACUGUUGCGUUUUGAAAUUCCUCUGGCGUAGUGUGGAUAGAAAACAUUUGAUGCGAGUUUCAGAGUGAAACCUCCGUUUUCAAAUUUUUCCGGCAUAGUGUGGACGGGCCCAGGUAAAUGUAACUGGUUCUUGUUGCGCGGACGUGAAGAGGGGACAAGUCCCAUCGUGUGUUCGCAUAGGCCAUAUAGGACGCAUGUCGCUGCGCACGAAGUGGAUGUACAAGGUCAUGAUUUGAAAGUGAAAGUAAUUCUGAAAUUUCUGACUAUAUAAGCUUGCUUUUAAACUCGUUAGUGCCUGACUAUUUCAUUUUUGGAGGGACAAAAAAAGUGUCUAGUCGAAGUGUGUAUUGCGAUCGUCAUACAGCUGGAUGCGGUUUUCCAUUUCAAGCAUGGCCAUCUCUACUGGCGCUCACCUGUUUUCCUACUCGUGCCUUUUCCAAUAGUAAUUUAUUAAAUUUAAUUAGAGCCCGUUUGACGCUUAUUUAAAUUAAAAAUGGAGCGGUAAUCUUUUUUUAUACUUUGUGUGCCAUUUAAUGAAUUUUAUAAUUUGUCCGCUUCUCGGAAAAACUGACAGAAAAGAUCGAAAUAGAGCUCUAAGAGUCUUAGGUCUGCACGCGUUGUCACACAGGAAGCAGUUUUUCAAUUCUGCCUGGAAAAAAUGAGGGGCGCUUGUUCGAGGAGGCGCUAAAUUGGGUGGAGGGCGUCUAAAUUGGAUCAUUCUUAUUUCAUUAUGUAAUGCCAAGUAUCUUGGUUAUACCGAAUUAACUUUAGGGUUUGGAAGAACUGCUUCUUUCUAACAAUAUAUAUUGCUAUAUGGUCAAAUUUAGCUUCUGUAGCAGGUCGGGAGUUUCCCGCCAAAUUAGGCGAAAAUACGCCGACUGCAAGUUUCGUGUUUGUUCCGGAUUCAGUGGGGUUUGACCUCACUCAGGCUUGGCCCUUAGUUAUCGGAAGUGUCGGCGAGUACAUGUCAAUUUUAUGCAUGCACUCUUUACUGUCUGUCUAUGCUUGCUCUGCGUGUCUUUUCGCGUUGGCGCUGUGUCCAUGCUCCGACUUGAUUGCCCAGAACGGCACUUUUUUAAUUAUACAAAAGUGGUCAAGGAGCUGAUUAAGGAUAGCGUCCAGUAAAUAUUACUUAAAAUAAGAUACAGCGCUGAAUAGUGAAGUUAUUCGAAUCUGAGAUGACAACAAAGGAAUUGAAGGGCCCUGAAAUAUUCAUAAAUGCGAGAUGCUACUGUGGUGACGUCACACGGUGAUUUCUUGUCAAUGGAAGCUCGGAAGCCAUGUUCAUUAUCCCGCCAUUUUGAGAGAGCGCGAACAAGCGGCUGAUAGUUGGGAGGCCUUUUGGGCGUUAAAAAGGCGAUAUUUUUAACUCCAAGAUGAGCGAAGGUGGCGCUUCGGGUAGCUCGGAAGAUCUUGAAGAAGAAUCCGUGUAUAUGUUAUGUGGGUUGUGUAAAAAGCCGCCGGUGGACACGAGUCCGAAGCUUCUCCCUUGCCUUCACUCUUUCUGUUUGAAGUGCUUGGAAGAGCGUUUCGCCGAACAACAGCAAGAGAAGGUCCCUCCGACAACAGCCAGUACUUCGUCGAACUCGAUUCCAAGGCUCAAAUGCCCGAAUUGUGGUCAAGAGUUUUUAGUCCCUCCGAAAGGAGUCCAUGGCUUCCUGGAUAAUCAGUUCGUGUUAGAAAACAUAGGAAAAUUGCAGAGAAAACAGGAAGAUGUGAGGCGGUUUUGUACUUCUUGCGAAGACAACAGUCCGGCUUCGUCGUUCUGUUUGAACUGUAGUGACUGGCUUUGCGAUGCCUGUGUUUCUGCUCAUCAGAGAGUUCGAGUAACUAAAGACCACAAGAUUCAGUCGGAGGCACAGUAUUUGGAAAACUCCGAGUCCGCAGACGCGAAACCCAUUUUCUGUAGCACUCAUCCACAAGAGGCUUUAAAACUGUUCUGUGCAAACUGCGAGAAAUUGACUUGUCGGGACUGUCAACUUCUUGAACAUAAAGAUCAUAAAUAUCAGUUUAUUAAGGAAGCGGCAGUUAGUUACAAAGAUUACCUACGAGGACAGCUGAAUCGGUUGUACGAACAAGCACAACCGUUAACAGAAUCAAUCCGCGAAGUCGAAAAAGCCGCGAAAGGUUUACAAGAACGGGAAGAAAGCAUUACAUCUGAAAUAAAAAAGUCAUCAGAGAUGCUUGUUAAGGCUGUUAAACAGAGGGAGAAUGUCUUGUUAACAGAGUUGAAAGCUCUUGUACAUUUUAAACACAAGCUUUUGUCCAAACAAAAUAAAGACCUUAGGCUGAUGCAAAAGAUUUUACAGCACAAUUACGGAUUUACCAGACACGUACUAAAGAAUGGCAGUGAUAUGGGAUUGUUGUACAGCAAGAGACAGCUUAGCUCAAGAAUUCAAAAUUUAUUAAGCCUCAAGUACAAUGUCUUGCCAGUGGCUCACAGUGAUUUGAAAUUUUCUGUAGAAACAGAAAAGCUGUGUUCUGUCAUCUCAAAACUUGGAAGUGUCAUGACUCCAGCAGACAGGAAUAAUGCCACUUCAAGCAGGCCAGAUGCAUCCUUUCGUGGUUUAUCCAAUGCCAGUAGCUAUGCACCUCUUCCAAGCAGUUCACUCCCCUCAGCAGUGUCCAGCCGUCCUGUCAGUUCAGGAACCCCAAUGCGGCCCAACCCUAUUGAAGCCCUCUCUGCCGUCAACAAGCGCUUAGGCCCACCAAGCAGUCAGUCUUAUUCUACGAACAAAUAUCCUUCUCUUCAAGCUGCAAUUGUACACCCGUCUGGUGCUAAUUUAACUAUAAACACUAAAGUUGGUGUUGUACCUGCAAACAGUGCAUCUCGACCAGCACUAGCAUCAGGUGGGCGAAACCUUCAAAUGAAGUCAGGCAGUGGCCUUUCCAACAGCAGUUUUACUUUCGGACAGAGAAAUCCGACUGUUAGUAAUCUGUCAAAUAUGACAUCCUUGUCCCAUCCGCGUCCUGUUCGAAAUGGCAACACCCUCCCUUUGCGACACUUUCAGGAUAUUGGGAGCAAAAUUGGGAAGUCACCACCACCGAGACCGCCAAGCACAGGAAGCAACCACAGUCAUCAAAGCACAUCACCGCUUAGUGAUUCAUCUGGUUCUUUGCCAAAACAGAAUGGCUGGGAAGAGCAAACAGCUGCCAAUGAUUCACCUGGUCAAGUCUUGAAAGGUAUUUUAAUUUGUAAUACAACUGUAUGUGUAUUUUGGUUAGUGUGUGCCAAUCCUUUUCUAUGUUCAGAAACUUGAUACUUUUACAGAUUUUCCAGGGAAACAGAAAAGGGCAAUGAAUAUUCAAGCUUGCUUGUUUCCUCCUGUCAAGGAAGUUGGAGUUCUAACUUAAAAAAAAAAAAAGAUCUUAAUCUGAUUUAAUCUUGUUUCUCUUGUGUUAUCUUUUUCACUCAAGUGAAUGUUUUUGUUGAAACAUGUUCUCCAAGGUCAGUGUCGUAAGGCUACUGUACAUGGAGAUAUGCCAGUUAUUUUAUGCGGCUUGUUUGUUCUUGUUCAUGCAGAUAUGUAUGUACAUGGACCUUCAAAACAACUUCUCUGUCUUGGUUUAUAAUGGGCUGUACAUAUACUGCUGAAAUGAAAAAAAAAAAAGAGAUUAAAGGGGAAAAAUACAGCUACUGAGCCAUGUCUGGGCAAAAUUCAAAGGUCACAUGUAAAAAAUGUCAUCUAUUCACAUUUAGAACAUUUUUUAAACUCUCAUUGACCAGAUUGUAAUAUUUAUUUUUAAAAUUCAAAUUGAAAGUAGCAGCUCAUUUUCAUUUUCCUUUGGUUUAUAUGAUGGCCAUCAUUACUAAAAUUUAAUUGCAGUAUUCCCUCUCAGACUAGCAUAUUUGCAAGACGUUCAAUUUUAUUUUUUUAUGAUUUUACAUUUAUUUUUCUAAAAAUUCCUGUAUUGUUGAAACCAGAUACCUGCUGUAAUACUUUGUUUAAACUCUAUAUUUCUCCAAGUUUUUUGUGUCAUACUGAUUCACAAAAUUCAGUACAAUGUUUUGACUGGGUGAAGUGAUUUAAUUAUUAUUAACAGUACCUGGUCAGUUGAAUUAUUUCCCUCUUUCUAGAUUUGGUAAAAUGUGAAAAUUAAUUGAUAUUAUAUUGAAAAUUCUCUUGAAGGUGUGAUAAUUAUCUUUCAAGGAAGACAAAAUAAGGAACGUAAAUUUUUCAGUUCCUUUCACCAAAGCAAUGAACAGUUUUGUUAUUAAUAAACAAUUUUUAGCAGCUUGAAAUUUAGUUUAAAAAAUAUUUUAACUUUGUGAAGAAUGCCACUCUCUUCCAAAGAUAUAUUGUUCCAUUAAUUUUUGAAUAUAUCUGUCAUCUAGUUGUUAUCUUUUUGUUGCUUUCAAGAGUAACCAGAAAUCAGUUCUGUUUCUGAGGUUUUGGAAAGCAUAUAAUACAUGUGGUUGCCUUAUCACAUGCCAAUGAAUUGCUCACUAUGAAAUAUAUUUUAUCAAUGAGCUGUGUGCUGUUGUUAUAAUGCAUUUCACUAUACAUAACAAUCAUAGUGUUUGUUGUCCAUUUGCUCAACAUAUUGCUCUUUAUUUAUCUUUCAACUAAUCUAAACAAAUGUCACUUAUGCCAACGUGCAAUGAAUGAGGUU